UUACCUUCAGCACUCGCUGCUUGAGAACAGAAGGAUUGUCUGCCUUCUCCUCGGGGACUCUCGUCUGACUCACAUUAUUCGGAGGCCUCCACCGCAUUAGUUCUGCAUUGGCCUUGUUUUGGGUUGUAAUAUUUUGGAGGUACGACGCAGAGUCAAGCGGAGUCAAGGCCAUCAUUUGCGUGAAGAGGAGACAAAGGGAAGCAUGGGAGUGCAAAAGGAGGAUGUGGAAAUGUUCCUCAAAGGGAAUCCGGCAUUUGCCAAAGAGUACUUUGCCAGGAAGAUGGACCAAAGCUCCAUAUCCAAGGUGUCGGCACUCCCGGAGAAGCAGGUGGACUUCAGCCAGUUUCAGGAGCUCAGCCAGGUGGAGGAGAGCCGAAUCAUGUAUGACCUCAUCACAGACAUGCAGGAGAACAUCAACAUGGAAAAAGUGGUCUUCAAGAUCCUCAAAAGAAUAAGCGCCCUCAUCCACGCCGACCGCUGCAGCUUGUUCAUGUACCGGCAGAGGAACGGCGUCGGCGAGCUGGCCACCAGGCUCUUCAACGUGCAGACCCAGUCUGAGCUGGACGACUGCGUGGUGCCGCCCGAUUCUGAGAUCGUCUACCCGCUGGACAUAGGGAUAGUGGGCCACGUAGCCCAGACCAAGAAAACUGUUAAUGUAAAGGAUGUUAAAGAGAACCAGUACUUCAGCUCCUUCGUGGACAGCCUGACCGAGUACGAGACCAGGAACGUCCUGGCCACGCCCAUCCUCAACGGCAAAGACCUGGUGGCCGUCAUCUUGGCGCUCAACAAGACCACGGGCCCGCAUUUCACAAGCGAGGACGAGGAUCUCUUUUUAAAGUACCUGAAAAUCGCCACCUUGAACCUGAAGAUCUACCACCUGAGUUACCUGCACAACUGCGAGACACGUAAAGGACAGUUGCUGCUGUGGUCAGCCAACAAAGUCUUCGAGGAGCUGACCGACAUCGAGCGGCAGUUCCACAAGGCCUUGUACACCGUGCGCGCCUACCUCAACUGUGACCGCUACUCUGUGGGUUUACUCGACAUGACAAAGGAGAAGGAGUUCUUUGAUGUGUGGCCAGUGUUGAUGGGCGAGCAGCCACCUUACGCUGGGCCGGUAACGCCCGAUGGAAGGGAAGUGAACUUUUACAAAGUGAUUGAUUAUAUAUUACAUGGGAAGGAGGAGAUCAAAGUCAUACCCAAUCCACCUGCAGAUCACUGGGCCUUGAGCAGCGGCCUACCUACCUACGUCGCUGAGAGCGGCUUUAUUUGCAACAUCAUGAACGCAGGAGCAGACGAGACCUUCGGGUUUCAGACUGAGCCCCUGGACAGCAGCGGAUGGACCAUAAAGAACGUUCUCUCCCUGCCGAUUGUCAACAAAAAGGAAGAAAUAGUGGGUGUGGCCACCUUCUACAACAGAAAAGAUGGAAAGCCUUUCGACGACCAAGACGAGCAGCUCAUGGAGGCUUUGACCCAGUUCCUGGGCUGGUCGGCUUUGAACACCGACACGUACGACAAGAUGAACAAGCUGGAGAACCGCAAAGACAUCGCCCAGGACAUGGUGCUGUACCACGUUAAAUGCCGCAAUGACGAAAUUCAAAACAUCCUGAACACCAAAGAGGUGUACGACUGUGAACCAUGCGAGUGCGAAGAAGAGGAGCUGCUAGACAUCUUGAAAAAAGACCUGCCGCCUCUGAUAAAGAAAUUUGAGAUCUACCAGUUCCGCUUUUCGGAUUUCAACUGCACAGAGAUGGAGCUGGUCAAGUGCGGCAUACAGAUGUACUACGAAGUCGGGGUGGUCAAGAAGUUCCAAAUCCCUCAGGAGGUGCUGGUCCGCUUCAUGUACUCGGUCAGCAAAGGCUACAGAAGAAUCACGUAUCACAACUGGCGCCACGGCUUCAACGUGGGACAGACCAUGUUCACCCUCUUGACGACGGGGAUGCUGAAGAGGUACUACACAGAUUUGGAGGUCAUGGCCAUGAUCACUGCUGGCUUCCUCCACGACAUCGACCACAGAGGAACCAACAACUUGUACCAGGUCAAGUCAGGCAACCCUCUGGCUAAGCUACACGGCUCCUCCAUCUUGGAGCGCCACCAUCUGGAGUUCGGGAAGUUCCUCUUGUCUGACGAGUCGCUGAACAUCUACCAGAACCUGAACAGGCGACAGGUGGAGCACGUGAUUCACCUGACGGAUAUCGCCAUCAUCGCCACUGACCUCGCUCUUUAUUUCAAGAAAAGGACAAUGUUCCAGAAGAUCGUGGACCUGUCGCACACAUACGAGGAUGAGAAGAAGUGGGUGGACUUCCUGUCUCUGGAAACCACUAGGAAAGAGAUUGUCAUGGCCAUGAUGAUGACGGCGUGUGACUUGUCUGCUAUCACCAAGCCUUGGGAGGUGCAGAGCAAGGUCGCCUUAUCGGUGGCAGCAGAAUUUUGGGAGCAAGGCGACCUGGAGAGGACCGUAUUGGAACAACAACCCAUUCCCAUGAUGGACAGGACUAAAGCGGUGGAGCUUCCCAAACUCCAAUGUGGUUUCAUCGACUUUGUCUGUACGUUUGUCUACAAGGAGUUCUCGCGCUUCCACCCGCAAAUCCAACCCAUGCUGGACGGGAUCCUCAACAACAGGAAGGAGUGGAACGCCAAGAAAGAAGAGUACGAGGCCAAACUCAAAGCCAUCGAGGACGAGAAGGCGGCAAGGCAGGCGGCCGCUGCCAGCAAAGCGGAUAACAGCGGCGGCGGGGGCUCCAAGACAUGCUCGCUGUGCUGAACGGUGAAAUCGGAUGAGCAAGGAUCAGAAUUUGAGACAGUCAGGAAGGUCUGGUCAGGUUUCUUCUGGUGCUCUGCAUAAAGGAGGUAUCUUUGAUUUAGUCUUAUAUACUUGGACUGAGUGUAUUUCUGUAAAAUGCUUUUAUAUAUACACAACAUGUAAAUACACCAUUGUCAUCAUGUACUUGUAGUAGUAUAAAAAAAAUACUGUAUUAAUUUAUUUUAGGCUUGGCAGAAACAUUUCGAUCAACUCCUUCCAGUCACACAUUUUACACACGACUUUGUUUACCUCAUUACAACAAAGUUAAAGGUAGACUUUUGUACCAUACACUUGCUUUUUCAUAACCACUGAUCUACAUAAGUCGUUAGCUGCUUAUUCAUGAUGCCUUUAUACUGUAUAUACUGUAUGUGUGACAGUACACUACAUUGUACCAUCUAUUGGACAUCCACAUUUACAAAUGCCGCUGCUGCUGCAAAAAAAGAUCUAAUUUAUUGUCCUAUACCGUCGUCCCUUGUUCCACCGCGGUUCGAACAUCGCUCUCUCACUCUGUCACGAUUUUAAAAAAAUAAAUUAAUAAAUGUUUGCUGUUUCGUGGUUGACUACAGUACAAAAAAUGCAUAUUUAAAGGGUCCAUGACAUGAUUAAUAGGCAGGGGUCGGCAACCUUUUUGGCAAAGAGAGCCAUGAAAACCACAUAUUUUAAAAUAUAUUUCGGUGAGAGCCAUAUCGUAUUUUUUUUAAAACACUGAAUACAACUAAAAGCAUGAAUUUUUAAGCAAGACCAACAUUUGUAGAAUUUAAUAAGCCUAAGAAUUUCUCCUUUUUUUUACACUGUUAUACUGAAGAUAUCCAAUAAUAAAUAAAAUACUUCUUAACAUAAAUGUGACAUCUAGUGCUGUAUGGUUAUCCUUUUGCACUGCAGUACUGGACUCUACUUUAUAUACCUGCUUCCCUUCAUUAUGGUUUGUUGCUCAUGUUAAGGACCUGGGAUCAUUUACUGACGGAUCAGUAGGACCUGUUAGUUUAAAGCAUAACCCAGAACAACCUAUAAGAAACUCACUUGAACCAUACUGCUUGCUCUUUUGUAUUCAAGAAAACUCAGGUUGACACUCUUCAAUGUUUAAUAAAGGCAAAUGUUUUAAUAGGAUAGUUUGGCAAGGAGAUAUAAAUAGUAAUAAUUCAUAAAAAUGUUCAAAUAAUUUGAGCCUGCCUUCUGUAUGAUAAAUGAGCUGCAUUCACAUAUAUCUGGACAAAAAGCAAAACGAAGUCUUGGACCACACCCAUGUAGGGCUGCAACUAACGAUUAUUUUAAUAACUGAUUCAAUCGGUCGAUUAUUUUUUCGAUGAAUCAGAUUUUAAAAACCCGCAUUUUUCAUUUCCUCCUCUUUAUUCAGAAAUAGAAGACUUGAACUGACAGAGCAAAUAAGCACACAAACACUCGGUUGCCGCUUGAAUAUUCUGUUAAAAUUAUGUUAAAUAAUAAAAAAUGUAAAUGUUUGUCAAAUAGCUUCAGUAAAACAAUAAAUGUACACAAAAAUGCAAUCAUGCUCAUUUUCGUUGUCGAUUUAUCAGAAGUUUGUUUCAAUUAAUGGAGUAAUCGGUUAGACCAUAGAUGGACCAAAUGAAUAUGAAGCAAACGCCUACAGUUAGUGCCAUAUCAGAAAAGAGGCAAAAAGAGGCAAAAAAGCCCAUCACAAGCUGAUAUUUAUGAAUAUCUUGUUUUGGCAUAUUUAUAUAUACACAUAUUUAAAAUUUAAAAAACGAUUACCAAAAUACCGUAGUUGUCGAUUAAUUGGGUAAUCCAUUACACCAGGGGUGUCAAACUGGUGCCAUGGAGGGCCGAGACACUGCAGGUUUUCUUUCCAGCCAGUCACUAAAGCAGGUGAUUUUAAUGAUCAACACUUUCAGUUUGAGGGAAGGAGCUCAUCAAUUAAAUCACCUGCUGAAGAAACUGGUUGGAGAGAAAACCUGCAGCGUCUCAGCCCUCCAGGGCACGAGUUUGACACAUUUGCAUUACACGGAGGCCGUGAAGUGCAAAACAAAUGAACAAAAUGCAACACAAAUUACAAUUACAGCACGUGGAAGGGGAAUGUACCAAAUCCCAGAGUUAUAGGAAGUGAUAACGUUUGGACCAAUCAGCUCUGGUGUGUUGGUGGCCGAGAAGCGCAAAACACUUUCACAAAAAGCAAAACAAAUUUCAAUUACACCACCCAGAAGGAGAUUGUACCCCUGUUAUACCCUCAUUAAAAUAUCUGAUCUGUUCCUUUCGUCCGGUAAGUACCAUUUAACAAGUCCAAUGACCGGCCACAUGGGCAAAAAAAUCACGUCAAGCAGCUCAAGUGUGUGCCACAAAAUGGGGCAAAACAUGAUGCCAUGAUGUCCUCCAUUAACGCCUGUCACAACUCCAAAUGUUACCGCUUCCUCGGAGCUGAUUGGCACUUUUGAAGAUAAGGCCAAAAAAAUCCAAAAAUAAACAUUCACUGCUCAUGGGUAAUCCUAAUCCAGGAAGAAUGACCGGUGAGUGAUCAGGUCAUCACACUUCUCCGGUGUGCGUAAGAUUUUCUAUGCUCUAAAUUAUUUUAUCGGCGUUGGGUCUGGAACCAAUUAACCGCUAGAAACGAGGGACGACUGUAUGUAAUUUCAGAGGAAUAAAGCCGUGAAAAAAUGUACCAUAAAUAGCUUGCUUCUGUACAUGUUUAAUAUAUACAAACACAUAAAUAAAACCAAUCUAUUUUUAAA